AUGGCAACUUGUGAAUUCGCAAUAAAAGAAUUGUAUAUAAAUCGUGAUUUCCGUUACAGGAAAUCAAAAACACAGCAGAAGUUUACUGUGGGCGCGGGAUUUACGCGAGCAAACAUCACAUUCAAAGUUAGGGUUGCUAAAUUAAGUGAAUGCAACGUUAGUGAACUGAAAACAUGGCAGAAAAUAAGAACGGAAUUGCGUAUUGAGGAAGUUGCAGUCUACAAAACAAUUCUACUUGAAAGAAUGUUAAGACAUUUUGGUGGUUUACUUGAAAAUGCAAAUGAUUUGCUGUUAGCACUAUAUAAAUCACCUGAAGCAGCAACUGGCUCUGAAUUAGAGCAACCUAUGACACAAAUGACCUUAGAUCCUGGUGACUUACAGGCUGAGGGUGAAACAGAGGAAGCAGAAGAAGCAGGUUUAUUGGAAACUGCACUUUUUCCAAGGUGCGUUAUCUUACAAGGAGAAGAAUUCUAUUCAAACAAACCUGAUGAAGAUUUUGUCGUAGAGUUUCAAGGACAUGAAGGUACAGCUGGUGGGAUAGAAGAUUCAGAUGAUUAA